AUGUGCAAUGUUGUUGCUCUGGGUGUCCUGAUGUGUCCUGGGGUGUUCUUUGUGAUUUUAGGCAAAGGCAGUUCCAGUAUUUCCUCCGACCUGAGUUCAAGUACAGAUCAGACAUCAACCAAAGCUCCAAAGAAUGCAGCUACCAGUGAAGACUCGGACCUUAGCAUGCGAACAGUGAGUACGCCAAGUCCGGCUCUGAUUUUGCUGCCUCGUUCAUCUCCAGGCGUGCUUAAUGGCUCCUCCACGUCUUCCUCCACGUUCGGCAUGGAAACCAUCGCCAUGGUCCACACGCCGCCCACUUCCCUCACCCAUCCGCAAAGGAGUCUGCGACAGCCGAGGGACCAGCAGGGGGCGCCCAUCGACAUCCUUCCUGACCAUGCUUUCCUGCAGAUCUUCACCCAUUUGCCCACCAACCAACUGUGUCGGUGCGCCCGUGUUUGCCGCCGCUGGUACAACUUGGCCUGGGACCCGCACUUAUGGAGGACUAUUCGUCUGACAGGAGACGUGCUACAUGUGGACCGUGCGCUUCGGGUUCUCACUCGCAGACUGUGCCAGGACACCCCCAAUGUGUGUCUCACCCUGGAGACGGUGGUGGUCAGCGGCUGUCAGAGGUUGACCGAUCGAGGACUGUACACGGUGGCACAGUGCAGCCCAGAACUGCGUCGCUUAGAGGUGGCUGGCUGUUACAACGUGUCCAAUGAGGCCGUGUUUGAGGUGGUGUCACGCUGCCCCAACCUGGAACACCUGGAUGUUUCAGGGUGCUCUAAGGUGACCUGCAUCAGCCUGACACGGGACGUGUCCUUCAAACUCUCCCCUCUUCAUGGGCAGCAGAUCUCCAUCCGCUAUCUUGACAUGACUGACUGUUUUGCUCUGGAAGACGAAGGCCUGCACACCAUUGCCGCCCACUGCACUCAGCUCACCCACCUCUACCUGCGGCGCUGUGUGCGCCUGACUGAUGAGGGCCUGCGCUUCUUAGUCAUCUACUGCCCGUCCGUGCGGGAGCUCAGCGUCAGCGACUGCCGCUUCAUCAGUGACUUUGGCCUGCGGGAGAUCGCCAAACUAGAGGGCCGCCUGCGCUACCUCAGCAUAGCGCACUGCGGCCGCAUCACAGACGUGGGCGUGCGCUACAUAGCCAAAUACUGCAAAAGACUGCGGUACCUGAACGCUCGUGGCUGCGAGGGGCUGACAGACCACGGCAUCGAGCACCUUGCCAAGAACUGCCUCAAGCUCAAGUCCCUGGACAUCGGGAAGUGCCCACUGGUGUCGGACGCCGGCCUGGAGCAACUUGCACUAAACUCGUUCAACCUGAAGAGACUGAGUCUGAAGUCGUGCGAGAGCAUCACAGGCCGCGGGCUGCAGGUGGUGGCAGCCAACUGCUUCGACCUGCAGCUGCUGAAUGUACAGGACUGUGACGUGCCACUGGAGGCGCUGCGCUUUGUCAAGCGUCAUUGUAAACGCUGCAUCAUUGAACACACCAAUCCAGCCUUUUUCUGAGAGCUGCACGCAUGGGAUUGUGUGGAUGGAUUUGAGAAGACCUCAAAUCUGUUUUGACCCGGGCCGGUGACGUCUCUGCUAGACAACACAGCGGAGAUUUGCACUGCUGCACCUCUGUAUUUAAUUUGCAUGGUUGGGAGAAAUCUGAACUUUUUUUUUUAUCC